AUGGCAGCCACGACCCACCAUUGGGAGUUGCAGCAGCGACUUUCCACAGUGCUGCCGCUGAAUGACAGCGAGCUGACACAGGUCUUAUCACAUGUCGAGUCGCUCUCCACAGAUGAAGCCUGUAUCUACUUCAACGACCUCUUAGGCGACUCUCCGAACGCUCAGAAGUUCAUCGCUGCAUUCAGAGACAGUCGAUCUCCCAACGGAGCAUCAGCCGCUGCAACACAACCGAAGACCAAGGCUGACUUGGCGGCGGCGAUGAUGAUGAGACACGUAGGAUCAGCUGCAGUAAUGCAACACAAGUCUGAUCCGCCUGUCUCACAAAGUAGCGGCGCCAACGGCAAGCACGCGCCAGCCACUGCUGCUCCAUCACUACCGGCGUACGCGCCGCCACCCGGCCGACCACCCACUAGCCGAGCGCUGGAAUACGACCACACCAACGCCGUGAUAGAAGCCGCAAGGGUUCGUGCGAGAGACGAGUAUGCGAAAUGGCAGCGCUAUGGUGUUCAGGAUAUGUGGUCCAAGGCGGUCAUGUACCCGGGUGAGAAGGCAUAUACCGACUCCAAGGGAAACCCUCGCUACGGCGGUAAUGGCCGCAAUGGGCUGUGGUCGAGCAACCCGUACAUGAUGCGAGUAGUAUCACCAUACGGGUAUAACCAGUUCAACUGGAUGGGUGGUCCAACGAGACCAAUACCUGGCUAUCACGCCAAGAGCAUUCAUCAGACCAUUGCACUGAAUAACAACCUCAAUCGCGAGGCUCAGGCGAAGAUCGACGCGCAGGAGCCAGAUCACAACAUCUGGGCUGAAGACGGCGGACUGGAAAAUGCCAUGUCGAACCUCGGUCUCGGCGACGACAGAACCACGGCAGAAAAGGGCAGCGCCGUCCGCAGCGAAAAGCGCCCGAGCCUGUCAGCACCAGACACCAAACCCUCCACUUCACGGCUCCACAGCUUCCGCAAAUCAAUCGGCAUGAAGACCUCGACCGAGCGCGCCGUCUCCAAAGCCACCAAAGCCGUCUCCCGCGGCGUCGACCUCCGCGAAGCAAUCCUCAAAGAAGAGCGCGGUCGCUGGCCCGACGCGCAAUGGCAGCAGAUCGUCCUCACCUACCAGGACAAAGUAGGCAUGACGAAAAAGAUCGCUGCGCUCCGCAACCGCAGCCCGAUCCAGUACCUCCACCUCUUGCGCGCCGGCUACUUCGAGCCCAUCCCAGUCGCAUGGGCGAAUCAAGCCUCCAACCCUCUCAAGUUCUCAAUAGAAGCAGCAGCCGGCUGGCGCGGCAUCACCCCAACCUGGCGCGGCUACGAAGACACCGCCGAAGAGCGCCUCUACUGGGUCCUCAACCACCGCGACUCACCCGACGGGAUCACCCGCACCCGCCUGAAGCCCGACUUCAUCUCCGAAAUGGACAUGGCCCGCGCCCGAAUGGCCUCCGCCGUCGAGCCACCACCGCAAUACUUCUCCCCCGACGACACCUGCCACGUCCAACACACCGACACCAAAGGCGGCUACUCGCGCCAAGUGAUGCCUCCACCCCUGCACAUCGUCGACCGCCCCGAACAGCCCACCGACGACACCAUGAUCCUGCUCGACGUCAGCGGCAGCAUGGACUUCGACCCCGUCCGGCCCGUCUACGACCAGUACCUCAUCACGCAGUACGUGAGCGGGACGCAACCUAAGAACAAAGACGUCGCGAAAGCCAUCAUUCGACGCUUCACCGAUGCGCUUUCACACCACGACCACAUCUCUCAAUCGGGCAACGACGGCUACGAUCUGGUGACAUUCUCCAGCCAAGCGACGUACAUCGGCCGCAUCAACCACGCGAACCUCGACCACCACUGGAACACCAAAGUGCGUCUCGGCGGCGGCACGCGCGUCAUGACGGGCUGGCAGAUGGUGAAGGAUCUGCAUUUCCGCAAACACUCCGCGAGCGCGACCUAUCAUCCGGUGUAUGGCUGGCAGGCCGGGCCGGAAACACCCAUCUUGCGGCUGCUCCUGCUGCUGGAUGGGGAGGCGACGGACAUGGACGAAUUCGAGCUGGAUCUGCUGAGCUUGAGCUGGGCGCACGUGACGGUUUUCUUGGUCGGGGUGGAGGGAUGUCCGCAUCAUCAUAGGCAUGCGAAUGAAUUGCAGAGAAUAGGGGAUGUGAAUCCGCAUGUCAGCUUUGUGGAUGCGCAGGGAAAUUGUCCCGAGAGAUAUGUGACGCACGAGUUGUUGAAGAGGCAUUUGGGAUAUGAGGUUAGUCAGGGGGAGUUUGAGGAGAUGGAGAGGCUGCCGACCUACAGUGAGGUUGCUUGA